AUGCCUCCGAAACUUCAAGUGGACGAGAGCUUCGCUUUCAUGUUCAUCUGUAUCGAAGCAUCGAUGUCUCGCCUCGACUUCAAGGCAAUAGGUACUGCAUGCGAUCUGCAACCCGCUGCGGCGCGAAUGCGCUAUACUCGACUCAAGAAAGCACUUGAAGCAGGUGUCUUCAAAGGUGCUAUACUCACUCAAGGUCCAGUUCAAUCGAACCCUCGCUUAGCUCUUAUGGCCAACCCUGAGUCAAGCAGACUCGCAGCAGAAGCUAAACGUGCUCCUCAAACUCCUUACGCGGAUGUCAACCUAGUCGACGAUCUUGACGAAGAGGACAACGAGGAAGACGUUGGAAGACAACGAAGCAAAAUUUCUGCUCAGCGUGAGAAGCGCAAGGCGGCAGUCGAUGAUGAACCAUUGUUCUUUGACGACACGUCUGCCACGACUCGUUUUGCCAAACGAAUCAAGCGCGAGGACGAUGAUGAGCAGCCUGAAGAGGUAGUCGAUAAUGACGAGGAUAACGCCAAUUAUACCCCAGAGCAGGUUACGACAAAGCGACCUCGAGCUCAAAAUGGUCGUGCUAGAAAAGCUAUCAUCAACCGACCUGGUAGAACAAUCGCAGCUUCAUUCGAGGAUUUUGCCAAAACCAUGACUCGAAACAAUCGUGCCAAGCACCCUGUUCACCCGGCUGUUACUGAGCAAUCACGAUCAGCACCCCGAAAUGCAUCGCCUACGAGGGACUACAACUUCGCUGCUGAUACAGGUCAGUCCCCAAUCAUUUAUCGAUAUCCGAAUCGGAACACUCAGGCUUAUGCACCACGUGGCCAACAUGUUCGACCUGCCGAUAACCUGCCUGUGAUAGCUUCUUCUUCAUUUCAGAACAAUCUAUAUCCAGGUACAGGGCCUGUGUUCCCUGGUUGUCAAGCUGUCAAUUCUAGCUUCGGAUAUAAUAGAGCCGGGUCGCAAGCCUCUGCUGAGCCUCAACACGCUGCUUCUGAUCGAAGACAUCCAACUUCAGUCUUUGACAACUUCGUGGCCGGCAAUCCCGUCUCACUAGCACGCCCCGACCGAGCCACCACGUCUACCAGCGUUCACGAUCGACUAUCGUCAGAGCAGAAGCAGCGAAUUGCUCAUCCUACUCUUGUUCAUCGAAGUCAAUUUGUCGAGCAGCGCAUGCCUUCAGCCGAACUAAGCCCAACCAUGACUGUCAUGAAACCUGCUGCUGAUGGCUCUCGAACACCCCAAACACCCCAGACACCCCAAACACCGCAAUCCUCCGCGGCUGUAGACGAAGACAUUACUGCAGUCCAGGCCGAGGACACAAGCGCUAACGCUACUGCUGUGGAGGAGGAUACUAGUGCCAGCACUCAGGCCAUUGAUCGAGGCAAUACUGCCGAAGCUGCAGAGACCCUGGCAACUAUGACUCAAGGCUAA